GGGGUGUUGUUAACCCGUUGCGGGAAGAGACCGCGAACCUCGUUGCUCCGUCGACGUCGCGUCUCGUUCGAACGAAAAGGGAGACGCCACGAACUGCGACUGGGGGUUGACAUCCCGUGCAGAAAGAAAGAAAACAAGAGCCGCCUCGAGGCUGGUUGGAGUCCCUCCAGGAUUAAAUCGAGGUUCUGGUUCUAAGCGCUCCUCGUCCGAUUCUUGUUGUAAAAGUCCGUCCCCCAAAACCGCGAUGAUGCAAACAUCGUUUUCGGCAUCGUCUUCUGCUGCCGCGCGUUUCAUCCGACCGCGCACGGAUAAGUUCGCCUCCCUGUUGAAGCUGCCGCAGCUGUUGCUGUUGCUGCUGCUGCUGCUGCAGUUGUGCGUCUUCAACCCUGGCGGGGUCUACGCCACGCGGGAGAAGAGCGGAUCUGGAGACGUGAGCAAGGGCAUCGACUGGCUGACUCGCUACGGGUACCUCCCGUCUCCCGGCAAGGGGACCGCUCAACUGCAGACACGGGACGGCAUCGCGAAAGCGAUCAAAGCCAUGCAGAGAUUCGGGGGCAUCCGGGUGACGGGCAAGAUGGACGCACAGACGCUGGAGCUCAUGUCGAGGCGCCGCUGCUCGCUGCCUGACAUGAUCGGCACCUCGGAGCUCGUGAAGAGGAGGAGGAGGAGAUACGCACUCUCCGGCGCCGCGUGGACCAAACGCGACCUCACCUGGAGGCUGAACUCCUUCCCGCUGCACGCAGGCCUGGCGGCGGGCACGGUGCGCACGCUCAUGUCGCUGGCGCUCAAGGCCUGGAGCGACGUGGCCGACGUUCGCUUCCACGAGCGGCCCAUGCCGCCCCACGGCUCCUUGUGGGGUCCCCAGGGCUGGCCGCAGCUGCCGCAGCAGCAGCAUCAUCAGCAGCGAAAGGGGAAGAUGCGGAGGAACAACGGCCGAGCGGCGGCAGCGAUGGAGCAGCAGCAGCAGGAGGAGGAGGAUGCGAGGGAGGUGGACAUCGUGGUGGAGUUUGCGCGCUCGGAUCACGGCGACGGCUACCCGUUCGACGGGCCGGGCGGCAUGCUGGCGCACGCCUUCUUCCCCGGCGAAUACUCGGCGGCCGGAGAUACGCACUUCGACGACGACGAGACGUGGACGUACGGAGACACGGACGGGUCGGGCACGGACGUGUUCGCCGUGGCCGUGCACGAGUUUGGCCACGCGCUGGGCCUGUCGCACUCCUCCUCCUCCGACUCCAUCAUGCGCCCGUACUACGCGGGCCCCGCCGGGGAUCCCACCAAGUACCGGCUCCCCCAGGACGACCGCGAGGGCAUCUGGAAGCUCUACGGCCCCAACCGGGCUUCCCCCACUGUGGGGUCUUGGCCGACCGACCUCCCCCAGCAUCCUGUCCUGCCCGAACGACCGAAGCUCCCGGUCACAAUCCGGCCGAGGACUGACAUCCCGGAUCGCUGCCACGGACACUUCGACGCCGUCACGCAGAUCCGGGGGGAAGCGUUCUUCUUCAAAGGCCGCUUCUUCUGGAGGCGGAUGGCCGAGGGGCAUCUGGUGUCGCUGCAGCCGGCGCAGAUCGAGCGCUUCUGGAAGGGCUUCCCCAGCCACGUCGAUAAGAUCGACGCCAUUUAUGAGCGCCAUGACGACCACCGCAUCCUCUUCUUCCGAGGUCACGAGUACUGGGUCUUCCGCGACAACCAAAUGAUGGACGGCUACCCGCGCCCGGUGACGGACUUCGGGCUGCCAGAGUCCGGCGUCGACGCGGCCUUCGUGUGGGAGCACAACGGGAAGACGUACUUCUUCAAGGGCUCCAACUACUGGCGCUAUGACGACCGCGAGCGCAGGAUGGACCCGGGCUACCCCAAGGACACGAGCCUGUGGAAGGGCGUCCCUCAGCACGUGGACGCCAUGAGCUGGACCGACGGCCACACCUAUUUCUUCAAGGGCCACCACUACUGGAAGUUCAUGGACCAGAGCCUCGAGGUGGAGCGCGGGUACCCCAAGUCCAUCGCCAACGACUGGAUGCACUGCAACCUCGCCGAGCCUCCGGCGCCCGACGCCCCCGGCGGCCCGGGAGACGUUCCCGAACGCGGCGGCGGCGGUGGCGACGAGAGGCACGGCGUGCGGUGCCAGUGCGAGAUGUCGUCGGGGGGCCCGGCGUGGAGCCGUCCCGCUGGCGCCGCCCUCCUUGGUCUCCUCCUCCUCCCCGCGGUGGCGGCGGCGCUGGCCCCGCCGCUGGUGUUGUCGGCCGCCCCCUGAGGCGGGCGGGCGGCCUGGCGCGCCACGAUGCGCUGGCGAGGUUCCGGAGCGAUCGUUGCUGGCGACGCGUUUGCCGGAGGGUGGUUUGUGUGUGCUCGCCACGGUGGGGGUCCCGGUGGGGGUCCCGGUGCUCAUCAUGGCGGGGGUCACGGUGGGGGUCCCGGUGGGGGUCACGGUGGGGGUCACGGUGAGGUCCCGGUGGGGGUCAUGGUGCUCAUCACGGUGGAGGUCCCGGUGCUCGCACCGCUGGAAGCCAGACUCGAGUGAGGCAGAAUUCAGGGAAAUGCAGACACGGAGAGCGUGGAGUUGUCUCAGCGCGGCUCACGCCGGCAGACCUCGUCGUCAUCUCUGCUGACGAUACAGUAACUACUUCUCUACUGCGGUGUAGAGCUU